AUGGCAGACUCAUCGUCUAGCGACACAGAGAACUACAGCUCUGAAUGCAGAUCCACUCUGAGCCUCUCAGUGGGCUAUUUCCCCUGUGAGGACACCUGUGAGGACACCACUGCCUGUGAAGACACGCCUUCCAAGGGCUCUCCAAUCCACUUCCUCCCUCCUAUCCAAGGGACAUGGAGGACUGGAAAUACAGGGAGAUUCGGGAGGAGACAAGACCACACUGAGGACAACCCAGAGCAGUUCUGCAAACUAAGUAUUGCCUUGGCCUGGGGUGUUGAUGUGGACUCUAAAAAUGCAGACUCCAUAGCUAACUGGGAUCUAAGUGAUGACAACAAGUGGGUAGACAAAUUCCCAGAGGAGAGAACAAAACUGACUCUCAGCAGACUGGAUGGUCUCGUGCAAACACUGGAGAAAUUUCUAGAAAAUGAGAAUGAAGAUGAAGGUGAUGGCUCAGUGUUCGCAGAAUCUACUCAGGAAAAAGAUUUCCAGCUGUCCAGCAGCUUCCCUCUGGAUAUGGCUCAGAUAAGCCAGGCAACUAGCAGCCAAAAGGCAAGCACCAUAGACACCUCCACUGUCUCGUCGGGGCAGCCAGUGGAGGACGACGAGUCUUCCAACAUGCAGGGCUUAUCCUGCCUGAACUUCGGGUGGUCACUCUUCCGCUGGCUGAGGCAGCAGGUCGUCUCCUCUCUACGGCGCAGAAAGCCCACUGUGAGAGCCCCCAAGAGUCCCCAUCAGCCCGCAGUAAAGAAAAGAUUCUCUCGCAAAUGCAAGAGAAUCCAACCCCAAGAAUCCCUCGAAUUAUGA